GAUUUUCACAUAGCUUGAACAUCAAAACAAAAUUUAGUUUUUCUUGGUGAGAAAAUUSGGGUUAAAGAUGACUGGAGUAAGAGCAAGGAAGUCUAGGAGAAACAAAAGGGCUAAUACAACAAGACCAGCGCAAAAGAAAAAGAAGAUAAAGAAGAAAAUCAAGAUUCAAAAUAAAACGAUUCAAAAGCACUGGGAUCACUCCAAAACAAUGAAACAAAACUUUAAAGAUCUUGGACUAUCUUGUGAUGUAAACAUGUCCAUGCCAGUCAUCAAGAAAAAGAAGAAAACAGAGGGCGAGGAGACYAUGGAAGUAGAUUCCACUACAUCAGUUGUGCAAGAAUUUGAGCAAUUAGCCCAAACCGAAGAGAAAAAAGAAAGGCACAUUUCUCCUGGAGAAGCACAGUUUGUAUGGAACCUUAUCCAGAAACAUGGCAAUGAUUAUAAGGCUAUGGCAAGAGACAAAAUGAACAUUUACCAACAUACAACCAAUCAAAUAAAGAGAAAAUGUGAAGCAUUCUUGAGAUCAAGCCAAGAUUUCAGCCAACAUCUUCAAAAUAAGGGUUAAAAAAGACAAUUUAAUUCUUAAUUUUUCUGAGUGUUUUUGACUCCGUCACGUUGUUGAAGUUUUCACUUUUAGCUUUUGAAUCCUCAUGCACAUUAGAUUUUGCUAACCUCCUCCUUGGGGGUCUCCAUUCUUUUCUGCCCUUCUCUCUACUCUUGGGCUUCCUGUCUUCCUCAAGUAUAUGACCCACAUGCAGCUCAUUCGUAGGUAUAUAUAAGGCAGGUAGCUGAGGGCCUUGUUUGGGACUUGGACUUAGUGCUUUUGAUACACUAAGUGUUUCUUUAAAAAAGUGUUUAAAAAUAUAUAUAUUUUAUCAUUGUACCUUUGAGUUGUUGGGGACAGCCAGACACUGACAAUUAAAACUGCUGCAAAGGAGACAAUAGUUAUCUUCUACUGUAAAAACAGAUGGAAAUAAUGCAAAUUGAUGGGCAAAUCUUUUAUUCAGUCAUGAAUUGAUAUUCUUUCAAAGUACAGGCUUCGUUAUCUAUACAAAACAUUGCAAUAGAUUAAAAUAAUAUUUACUGAUGUACAAUUUAAAAUACGAAUAUUUUCUUAUAAUUUCACACUUUAAUUUAUAUUAAUUAUAAAAGAUUUGUUAGUAUUGCAACUAGUCUUUUUUGUACAUUUUAUCACAAACUCGAAAAAUAUAUUUACUUAAAGAUUAUUGCAGACAGACCUUGAAGUAAGAGUAAAAUUAACACCCAAAAAAUAAUUAUAGUCACUAAUAUUUGCUUAAGGAUCCAGUGUCAGUCUGGAUGCUUUUCACACCUGAUUCUGUGUAACAAAUUCAGAAGUUUAAAAAAGUAGRGACCCUUCAAGGAAGCAAGAAAUGAAAAUUAUGUAUGCAAUUCACCACACGCAACUUGACUUUUAAGUAUGGCUAAAUUGACA